ACCACCUUGGUGUCAAGUGUCUUCUUUCGCGAUCAAACGGCGACUUUCACAUCUUUCCCACAACAUUACCGCAACACAGGCAAGUUCGAAUUCAAUCCAUAAAGGCAAGCUACUGUAGUACAGUAUAUACGGUGGCCACCUCCAGCUAUCCAGAGCAAACCAAGUCAAGUCAGUCUUUUAUUUUAAAAGCUCCUCUUGUCUUGAAAGCUCCUCUUGUCUUGUCUUGCAAGCCAAGCCAAGCUUAACUGAAGCGAUCAUUGUCUGCUACUAGCGGUAGCGGUACAUGUAGCUAGCUAGAAGGACAAAGAAUCAAGUCUGAGGUCAGCUAUACGGUAUGCAUAAGUGAAGCAAGCAUCUCCUUCUCUUAUCUCUACAAACAUACAAGUACAAGUACCCAGUACCAGUACAAGCUUCAAGAUUCAAGAUUCAGCUUCAGUGGGCUUGGCCUUCACACUUUGCUUUUUACCUCAUCUUUCUGCCUGAAGCCUGAAGUCUGAUCAUUGACCUGAAGCCUGACCUCUCAAGCCUCAAGUCUUUCUGCAUCUGAUCUCAUUCAUUCAUUCAUUUGGUCUCAUUCAUCCAACAAGCCUGGUCUUUGAAAAGAUUCUUUCUGCUAUUGCAAGCAAGCAACUACGUGGUACUGAUACUGUAAAUCAGGGAGAUCAGGGAGAUCAGGAAAGAAAGAAAGAAAGAAUCCAAGAGAAAGAGUCAAGAUGACUUCCUUUGCCCCCAUUUCCUCUACUGAUUCCAUGAGACGCAAUCGCAUUGCGGCGCAACAGCACGAACCCGUCAUUCUUGCUUCCACGGGAACCAUUGUCACCGAUUUGCCAGAUUCCGCAUAUCCAAUACCUUUGCAAAUUGGAGACUACUCGCAGCGUUCGCAGCAACAAUCGGUUUACUAUUAUGAAACAACAACCACCACCUAUUCUUAUCGAGGAGGAUUCUCCACGUCACUCUGCGAUUUAUUCCAAGAUCCACGAGAUCGGUCUAGUUGUUGUGCCCUCACGUGCUGUGGAACCUUUCUACAAGAUCGGAAUCGAUUUCUACUCACGGGAGAAAUGCCACCGCCCUGGUGGAUGCGCAUCCUCGUCCAUGUCGGAGGAUUUGUCCUCUCUGUCAUUGUAUCGUCCAUUCUCGUUGCAUUAUUCUUCAACAAUCAACACUCUCUCCUGGCAGCCCUCUUGCCACCCGUCCUUUUUGUCAUGGCCAUGUUGCUACGAGGCACGACCAUGCGACAACAAUUACGAAAACAAUUGCAAAUUCGCAUGAUGGAAACAACAAACCCACAAUCACAAUCACACAACAAUGAUAACCACCAAUCUUCCCAACAGCUUCAUCUUUCAACCCGCAGUGAACAUUGGUGCUGUGCUUUGGUCAGCAAUGACCGUCGACGUACACUCGCACACCCCAAUAGCAAUACUACUACCAUGUCACGCACACAACGCGACGAACACGUUCUCCAAGAAGAGCGACAACGACGACAACAAGCUGAUUUUUGUUUCCGUAUUUGGCAAUUACUGUCGUGUCUGUGCUGUGAUAUUUGCUGUUUCAGUUGGUGUCACUGGUGUGGCAUGUGUGCCACCGGACAAGAAGAUCGAGAACUACGACGUUUGUUGCCACCACAAGUCUUUUGGAGAGAUUACAUUACCUUUCAACCCUACGGGGAAUAUUAUCCCCAAAUUGAAUGGUUGCGACAGCAGCAACAACAACAGCAACAACAAACGACCACUACCACAACUUUUUGGAAUCAUUUGGGAGCUCUCUCGCAGUUGUCUCAAAAAUUACUGUCGCUCUUGCAAUGUUCCAUUCUGCUGUUACUCGGAAUUGCCACAUUUCACAUUAUCAGCAGUUUUUCCAUUGGAAAAGUAUUUGUCGUCGUGGCGACAUUGGCACAGGCAUUUCUCAUACUCUACCUCGUCUAUUGGCGCCAUCAUCGAAUGGAUGUGAGUUUGGAUGCCAUUAUCAAAUUCUUUGCUUCGGGGUUCGUGCUGGCCAUGACGGCCGCAUUGGUCGUCGAACUCAUAUUGGACGCUAUUGGAGAAGUCAUUUUCAGUAUCGUCAUGACCAACGAAUACAUUCAAGAUCAUCCCGAAGUACUCACCAUGGACGAUGAUUACGCCAUUGCACAUGGACAAGUGGGACCCUUUUCCAACAUCGAAACCUUCAAGGGCAUGGCACAAAAACACUAUAUUACCUUGCUCGUUUAUCUAUUUUUCAAGGCCGUCGUCGUGGCAGCGUUGGUCGAGGAAAUGACCAAGUAUUAUUGCUUUUGGAUGGUCGAACAUCCCGAUUACAUUUAUGGAUCACUUCGGCAUGUCAAUCCGGAAAUGGGAGAAGAGGGAGCGUUUUGCAAUCAUCCCGCUGACAAUAAUAAUAAUCAUGGCACUACAAAUACAAAUACAAAUACAAAUACGACGACGAGCCAACAACAACAACAAUGCGUCGUCACGCCACCCACGUCCCCGUCCGAAUCGGCCACCACGGGAAUGCCGCCCUUUCGACCACGACAAACACCCAAUCACACCACGGCGGGGGCAGCCAUUACCGUCGGUAUGAUUGCAACCGCUGCUGGAUUUGCUUGUUCCGAAAAUCUCAUGUAUGUCUUUAGUCAGAAUUCCGUGGCGGGAGAAAUCACGGUUUUAAUGGUUCGAAGUGCCUUGCCUGUACACUCGAUAUGUGCCGCCAUUCAAAGCAUCGGGGUAGUACGGCGGGAUGUGGAGCAGGAUACCGACUACAAGAUUGGAUGGGCCAUCUUUCCGGCAGUGCUUUUGCACGGAAUGUUCGACUUUAUACUGCUCUCGCUUUCCAUGAUGGAAUACGUCUGGUCUCCCUCUUCCAGUAGUAGCACCAACAAUAAUAGUCAAGGCGGCGACAACAACAACAACAGCCAACACAGCAAUGCCGGGGCGCAUGACGAUUGGCUUGGAACCAACGAUGACGAGUACCCCGCCCCAGAGGAGUAUUCGGAAACGUUUGCUGAACAAAUGUUGAGUUUCAGUGUCGGGGCCGCCAUUACCAUGAUUGGCGUCGUUUAUUAUGUGAACGAGUCAGGCAAACAACGACACCGACUACAGGCUUUGGAAAUGACAACCGCAGAAGUGCCAUCGACUGCGGGGUUAGUGUUCACGUAAACUGCUGUGAUAACAAUUAGUAUCGACUGCACCGGUUCUCAUCAGAGCUCUCUGAAUGAUUCAGAGCUCUCUGCAAUUUUGCGUUGCCCACGCCCUGAUAUCUGCAUGGCGGCAAUGUCUAAAACUAAUGAUUGCACCAGCAUCCCAUGGUCAUCCAUUCUCAUGCAGACAUUGCAGCACACCAGUUGCCCAUACGUACCGGUAGCAGUCGCUCAUCAUGGGCAUAUUGGAGGCAAUCCCUUCGGGAUUGCCCUCGGUCGCCUUCUCCUUCUGCUGCUCAUCAUCCAUGGUCAAGUGGUUGGUUGUUGGCUAUCUCUCAGUCCGGAUGGACUGGGGGAGAGCCUCACAACGCUUGAGCUGAGCAUGACCCAGAAGGAGAUGUGAAGUCUAGGUCAGGAUUGAAACCUGAACCUGGACUGAAAGCUUCUUCUGACCACCGGGUGGGCGGGUGUUGGGAUGCAGGAAAACGAAGGCUUUGUACAUCAACUGUUGUUGGUGUACAAAGACAAGAGAAUAAGCACUUGGUGCUUGUUAUCUUGUUGGUGCCAGCUCAUCCAAUGCCAAUGCUGGGUGAGCAGGCACCACCUACACUUACCUGCCGGUCAUGCUGGCUUUAAGGUUGUGGACCCUCAUUUGCUCUGCUACUGGUGCUUCACUAUGAAUGGAGUUAGUCUCUGCCGGACAAUCCCUUCGGGAUUGCCCUCG